AUGAGCAAUAUCUGGUACCUUGCACGCAUCGAGGAGGAAAGGUUCGCGGCCACAGCAGCACUGUUUGCUAUGUACACGAAACAGCAAUCUAUUCGCGAGCCUACCCCUGUGCUUCCUGAAGACGACGAUGAUAGUUCAAAUGAAGAGGAUAUCGACGAUGACUGGCAAACGACAGUGGCUUGCGAAAAGCUUCACCGAGCCACUGGGAAUGCUCUCAAAGACAAAUCCCUCGAUCGACUCUCAGAAUUGCUUGCGCGCGAAAAGACCUCCAACUUAUACCCUAAACAAUCCACUGUAAAGCACGUAGCUGCUGCAGUUUGGAUCAAUCUCAGCUGUGACUAUCCAACAACGAUUCUUUUGGCUAAGAACGAUGGCCUUGAUGAGCGCGAUCGCAAACUUCGAGCAGACAAAGAAGGACUUAUCGGGUACGCCCGUUUCAGGUUGGAGCUCUAUGUUUCUCAAAUCAGCCAAUGCAAAGUCGAUGUCUCGGGACUAGAUGUUGACGACCCAUCGACUGUGCAGAUUCAACGCCUCCUCCAGCUCUGUGGAACAUAUAGCAACAGUCCAAGCAUCCUUUCCCUUAGGGAAGCAGUGGACUUGGCCUAUGAGCUGCGGUGCGCUGACUCACAUCAACUCAAGGAACCGUCCUUCGCCAAAAUCUCCGAGGCGGUCUUAAUGCUCAGCCGGCUCCGUGCUGCGUAUGAGUGCUUCAAGACGACUGCGCUCAGUUUUCCCGAGUUUAGAUCUCUUGAGUGGAAGUCGGUGGAGUCUCCCCACAAAGUCGGCAUUGAAGCAAGCAGGUUCUGCAAGCAGGUGCAAAGCUUAGCCAAGAAAGUUCACCGUAAGCAGCUCGCGAAAGGUAGCCAUGCUCAACGCUACUAUAAUGCAUCGUGGUUGCAUGUUCAUGCGGAGAUGCAAAUCCUUGUAGAUCUGGAAUCUGAGUUAAAGUGGCAGCAAAGAGUCCAUGGUUACAUCGGAACCAGCAAGAAACCAUGCUUCUUAUGUAACGAACUUCUCAGAAAUUAUGUCAGACUUUCCGUGGACGGCAUACGUACCUCAGCUUUUCGUGCUCGGACGUCUCACGGAAAGGUGUGCCCGCUGUGGACACUACCAUCUAUCCCGGCUUCUGCACCACCAGGCAUUGGUAUAUCUAUAGCUGCAGCACUAAUACAAACCCACAGCUACAUCCUUCAAGUUCUCUCUGCCGGUUUAGUAGUAAUCCAACCAGCUAUAGCAGAGUCUUCAGUUGGUAUGUCUGAGGCAGGCGCAUUACCUGGUGCAAUUCCAUCUAAGCUGAAGCUUGAGUAUCUCGCCCAUAAACGAAACAAGACCGCAUGCACGCCAGCAGAAAAACUAGAUGAAGAUGGCGACACCUUUGGUCCGAAACUGAAGACGGUUCGGGUACUUCGGAUACCGGCUGACGGAAGCGUGCCCAGACUGGUACCUAUUGCCUAUCAUGCCCAGUCCCCAGAGUCCAAACGCUGGAUUCCAGAGCUCGGCCUCCACAUCGUGCCUGACUUUCGUGAAUACUGGGCGGCCUACCAUGUUGACCGUAAACUCAGAUGCUUCAAUGUUAACAAUCAACCCACUAAAAUGAUCGAAGGGCACUGUUGGAUUUAUCGGAACGAGAACAUUGAUCUUCCAGAGAAUGAGUACAUCAAGCGAAUGCUUGGCCUUGAUCGCAUUGACUUUUCAAGACGCUUUUACUACGGCGACGUUUUCAUUGUGAAAUACACUGAGCAUCCAACAACCCUCGCAUGUGAAGUUAACAUACCAAAAGCAUUGCUCCCGCAGUUAAUCGCGCUGCUGAAGACUGUGUUCCAGAGCGAAUGGGAGAAGGCAUAUCUCGAAUCACAGCUCCGAAGCGAUCAGACUCCAGUUGAGCGUGAAGUACUAGAUCGUAUGCCACCAAUUGCCUUGGAGAUACUAGCGAUUCAGUUGUGCGAUGAUGAUGGGUUGAUUCAUUCAAGUGUAAGUCCUUCUGACGACCCGGAUAUCAUGGCAAUCAGGGAGGUGAGAAGGCCGAGGGCAUUAGACUUGAUGGGCUGGAAUGGGUUCCAGAGUUCACAGCUGUAA